GCGACCUUAAGAUGGCAAUAUUUUCAGAGGCGCACGAGAGUUGCGCGUGCGAACGGCGCGGCAGCAGCAAUACAUGAAGUCGUUUUUAUAACCGUUGCAACUGAGUAAAACGCGACCGCGUACCGUUCACGUAUAACGCCCAGAUAAGUUAUUUCCGCGCUUGUUCUAAAAGCGUCUCGCGACCGUGGUUGACGCGCUCCGUUACCAGGCAGUGGCGGGAUGCGCGAGCUCCUCUUUCCUGAGGAACUUCUGUGAUUUUAGUUAUUUUAAUGUAAGCUCAGAUUUAAACCCUCGCAUGUGGUUGUUUAGGUAGUUAUCCCGUUGUGUGGAGUGAGUUAUUGUGUUGUAGUGAUUUAUUCCGCACAAUUAAUGCCGAGUUCGUUUUUAUAUCUAACGUUACCGUUGAGUUUGGGUUAGUAUAACUUAACUUACAUCGUUCAGGUGCGAGUCAAGUUUAAUUCGCUCAGUUGUGUUUGGCACAUGUGGAUUCGGUUCAGGUGAAAAUCACAGGGAUAGCCUACUUCAUUUACAAAUCAGGUUUAGUUAGUCAAGCUUGUGUGUUUAGUUCAGGUUGAAAGCAGGUUUUGGGUCAGGAAGCUGUCAGUUCAGGUUAAAAUAGCCUGUCAGGUUUGUUAGUUCAGGUGUACAUCACAGGUGUGAUGGCUAAAGGCGAGUGUAAGAAAUCAGGCACAGAUGAACUUCAUCCAACCGGCCGCACCGAGUCUGAAGUGUUUGACGAUGGGACUAACACAUUCUUCUGGAGGGCACACACUUUGACAGUAUUGUUCAUUCUGACCUGCGCUCUGGUUUAUGUGACGCUAUUGGAGGAGACGCCACAUGACACUGCGUACAACACUAAAAGAGGAAUUGUGGCUAGUAUCCUGGUGUUCCUUUGCUUUGGUGUGACACAAGCAAAAGAUGGUCCCUUCACACGGCCUCAUCCAGCAUACUGGCGUUUUUGGCUGUGCGUCUCUGUUGUUUAUGAGCUCUUCCUCAUCUUCAUCCUCUUCCAGACUGUACAUGAUGGAAGACAGUUCAUGAAAUACAUAGACCCAAAUUUAGGCGUCCCACUACCAGAAAGAGACUAUGGAGGAAACUGUCUCAUUUAUGAUCCUGGAAAUGCUGCAGACCCCUACCACAAUAUCUGGGACAAAAUGGACGGGUUUGUUCCUGCCCAUUUUCUCGGCUGGUACAUUAAGACUCUGGUGAUCAGGGACUGGUGGAUGUGUAUGAUCAUCAGCGUGAUGUUUGAAUUUCUGGAAUACAGCCUUGAACAUCAGCUGCCCAACUUCUCUGAGUGCUGGUGGGACCAUUGGAUCAUGGAUGUGUUGGUGUGCAAUGGCUUGGGCAUUUAUUGUGGCAUGAAGACCCUCGGCUGGCUGUCCAUGAAACCCUAUCAGUGGCAGGGAUUGUGGAAUAUCCCAACAUACAAGGGGAAAAUCAAGCGUAUCGCUUUCCAGUUCACUCCCUACAGCUGGGCGAAGUUUGAAUGGCGUCCCGCGUCGAGCCUGCGACGGUGGUUGGCGGUGUUGGGCAUCAUUUUCAUGUUCUUGUUGGCGGAGUUGAAUACGUUUUAUCUGAAGUUUGUGUUGUGGAUGCCUCCAGAGCAUUACCUGGUGCUUUUACGGCUGGUCUUCUUCGUAAACGUGGGUGGAGUGGCCAUGCGAGAGAUCUACGACUUCAUGGACGAUCCGAAAUUCCAUAAGAAAUUGGGGCAGCAGGCGUGGAUCGUGGCUACCAUCACUGUAACAGAGUUUCUGAUUGUGGUCAAAUAUGAUCCCAAAACCAUCAUGCUGCCAAUCCCCUUCUUCGUCACUCAGUGCUGGAUACUCGGAAUCGUCCUCAUCCUCAUUUGGACCCUUUGGCGAUUCUUUAUUCGUGACAUCACGCUACGAUACAAAGAAACAUGCCGUCGUCGGCAGGAAGGGUCCACAGAGAUUGAAAGAACCCCUGGAAAUGCCGACAGCAACACCGCAAGCUCGGCCACGUCUGGCCGCAGCAAACUAAACGGCAACAUGGACACCGUCCGACACAGGAAGUUGUGAAUUCGUCCUGCCGGACGCAUGGACUGCUUUGUACUGCACAUCACGACUUGACACGUUUGUGUGUAAAUGUGCGUGUUAAUUGUAACCCCCGUUCAGAGCCUACCAACGCUCACGGUGUCUGUUGGGCUGCAUCCAAAUGAGCCAAACAAACAAAUCAUUUUCUCUUCUAAUUCGGAGUGUUCUGUAUUUAGAUAAAUCUAGCUGUUACGUAGGUGAGGCGUUUAAGUUCGGGAUGCACGGUCACUCCGGUGUUGGGUUUAUUUUUGAUUUGGUGCUAUGUUAGACGUAUAUAUACACUAUUUUGGAAUACUAUGCAGUCAACUGAAAGUGGUAUACACAUAGCCAACAGUGAAUUUAACAAUUCUUAUUUUUUCCUUCCUGUACAUUUCAGUUAAGGGAAAGAAUAAAUGAAUGGGCAGCACAUUUGUCUGUUACACAGGAAUUUUAGGACCAACAUCACGACCUCGCAUGUGAGCUGCAGUACUAUUUAAAAAGCACUUAAGAAUAUGACUAUUAAUUUAGUUUCCUUUGAGAUGGGCGAGCCUGUGACGCGAGCACCUCAUGCACUAAGAGCAGACAAUCUUUCUGAUCUGCUUCAAGAUGGAUCAGUGCCAUAACUGGACCAAAUUCUAACAACUAGACAAAGUUCUGUUGUUCUUUUUGCAUGCAUCAAACCAAACGGCCACAACGCUUAACUUGCUGAUGCUUGUAGUCAUGCUUUGUUUUGUUUGUUUGCAGGAUAACCUCACAGUACCAAACACCUGUCGUGUUUGGGUCAAAUAAGCUAAUGGUGUUAUUGUAUAGCUGCUGAAGUACGUCACAGUGGGUAGGUUGUGUGAUGUUGUGUUUUGCUAACGUGUGUCUGUGUUCCGAUGAUGUGCGAGUCCAAAAAAACUUGAUAUGAUAUAUCAACGCUACUAUAAUCUUACUGUGAAUGUAAACGUGUAGUUCUACUUCAAUGCCGUUGCCUCAGAUGUCUCGUAUGUUGUUACUGAAGGUGGUUAGGGGUCAGAUUUUAAUUUUAUUAUAAAGGUCAAAAUAGUACAUGUUCUCACUCGAAUUAUGAUCAUAAUAGUUUCUCUCUCGCUUUACAGACCAUUUGAUCAUUUGUCAGCCUCUUGUAGUGGUGUAUGUAACAUUGUCCAAUGAGAAUAUGAAAGGUCAUAUUUUAUAUUGUUUUCAGUAAAUAAAGGGAUUGUUUUUCCCUGC